UGCUGCUUUAAAAGUCAGUUGAAUAAUUCAGUUUAAGGCUUUCUGACCCGAAUUUACUCCCGUAAAACUGGAAGUGUACACCUAGGAGGACAUCUGGAGAUGGCUCGACUAAUGGCCUUGAUCAUGGCGGUGUUGCUUCACUCGGUACUGGGCAUCUCGUACUACUACUACUUUCGCGAAUCUCCCGGCUCCGCUGCUCCUCUCUUGGGCGCCUGGCUCUUUUCCGCCUGCGUGGUGACCCUUCUUCACGGGGUGAGGAUGUUUUCAAGUGCCCUGCCCGCCGAUCAGCGGUUCAGGAAUGGGAAUCGAAACCUUCGCGGCAAUGAGUCGUCCUGGGCAUCGCUCUUACUGGAGACAGGCGUCUGCUGUUUGGUGCUGGAUCUGACCCUUAGCAAACUGUGGCAUCGCAUAGAGUCCCUCUGCCAGUGCGCCAUUGUGGGCAUACUCCAGGCCUUGGCCGUCGAGGAGCAAACCUUCCUGGUCUGCGAGUACUGGACUUUGGGCCUGACUACCGGCCUGAUCGGCGCAUGUCUUCUGUGGCUUUCCCUAUGGGCCACCGCGUUGCCCCAGAAGCUCCGCUGCGGGAUGCUCGACUGGCGUCGCACCCUUCAUCGCCGCUGCUCCGCGCUGAUCUUCGGAAGUCUCGAGCCCGGCACUCCAAUGCAGACCCAAUCCCAGGGAAGCGCACAGAGCUUUGCCAAUUGAGACGGAGGGGUGACCAUUCCACUUCCACAGCCAUAUCACACUACCUCAGUCAAUAGCUAAAUUUAUGGUUCAAAUUAUACUAAAAGCGUUUUAAUAGGCACAGUGGGACACAACGGGCUGCAUCAUAAAUUGAAUUAUGAAUAACCAUAAUAGUAAAUUUCGAUUCAAAGCGUAGUUUCUUUUAGCUUCUUUAAGAAAAAAAUAAACUCAAAAAUCGAACAUAUAUUAAAUCGCAAGACCACUUUCUGACCGAAUCCAUGAAGCCAAUUUGAAGCGGACAACUACCGGCCAAACUGCCAACCACUGGGGGCUGUCAUCCCCCCGAAAAAGACUUGUAAACUCGUUAGCCGUAGCCGUACCCAUAUGCAAUGCGGAAGAGGACCGAUCCGAGAUCCAAAAGCGACACGCCCCCAAACAACCGAUUCGGUUUCGGUUUCGGAUUCGGAAGACGGAACCCAGCGGCUCAAAGUAAAGCAAAGCAAGUCGAUCGAAAGCGAAAACGAAACCAUUACUCUGAUGCGCGAUCGAUGGCUGUAAACUUGAACUUGAAGCGUAGCCAAAAGCGAUGGACACCACGACGGCAAACAGCAACUGGCAACUAGCAAAUAGCAACUGGCAACUAGCAACUUGCAACUUGCAACUAGCGACAUGCAAGAGCCUGGCACACGCAACAAUGCCGCUG